CUCGGCCGUUCGUAGUGUCAGACCACGGCUGCACGAACUGCCGGUGGAAUAGAAGAGGGCACGGUUGCCCCGAACAAGUCGGACCUGCAUGGAUAUAAUCAAGAUUACUGCUAUUUUUUUUAUAGUUGCCAUCAAUGCGAGCGCCAGACCAAAACGUAGCUCUUGGACACUGUCUGUGGCUAAGGACAUUGGACAGGAAGAAGUCCCUUUCAACGGAAGUUGCAGCCGGUUUGAGGAAGGUCAAAAGAAAGUGAAGAAUGAAGCGGACGGAAGCCCCUGCAAGGAAGGAAAUUCGCAUGGUUCCUGUUUCCUCGGGCAAUGUGUUGGAGCAUUCGCCUUUAUGAAUAACAUCUACCAAGACGAUGAAAGCCAUGGUGAUCUAUGUUCGGAGUACAAGCUGAAUACAACGGUGGACGGUGCGGUCAUGGAUUGCUCCUACUGGUGCAUAGAAGGUCGGAAUGAAUACAGCGUCGACCUCUUGGACAGGACGUUCUGUGCUGUAUCGGACACCGACCGAGGACUCUGCAUGGAAGGUAGCUGCGACAUGUCGCAACCGCUCAAUAUGACCCUAAUGCAUCGCUACAGGACGACAAAGCCAGGAGAACGAGCUCGUGGAAGUACUACUCCAAAAAUUUCAACUAAGCAGGGCGUUUCAGUUGGAAACAGUGCUAGCACAGUCCAAUUUAUUGAACCAACUAUGCGCUCCAGUGAAACAGGAGACCCUGUUUACAGCGGCCGUUCCACUCCGCAACAUGGAAACAUUGCGACUAAUCCAGGCGUGUUAAGCACCGCAUCAACAGAGAGUGCAAUGACCGUAGAACAUUCUCGCUCAGCCUUGACGCUACCGAUGGCACCAGCGGUGAGCAAGUCCACAACUUAUAAGAAUAUAGAAGCAGAAAGAACCAUCUAUGUAGAACACUACAUGCCUACUCAAUCAGAAUAUAACAGCCCUUCACAGCCAGUUACUGUCACUUAUAGUCAUGAGACGGCGAGUACAAACCCGAGUUCUAGUGAAAUAAUGACUGUCACAACAUCUAAUUUUCUAUCAAAUGAGACGGAGGAACUACACGAAUCACCUGAAUACAGGUAUGAAACAACACCUAGUACACCUUGGAGUAAAGUUCCUUUAACAAAACAGGGAACUGAGCCUCGUGGCCAUUCAACAGCCACAUUAGAGAAAACAACGUAUAGAACGACGGCGAAUCCUCAUUCCGUGGCAAGAGAACGAUCAGCUUUCACACACGCCCAUAACCCACUAAUCAGUCACAACACAGAAAGUGAACCUGAAGGAGCAGGUUCAGACGAGAUAGAUCAUUCGAGGAGAUAUCCAUACGUAAUAUUCACCGACUUUUUUUACAAGUUUGCGACCACGGUAAGGAUGUCAGAUGUGGCAUCAAAUGCGCAUGGCGAAGCAGCUGGCGCUGGUACAUGAACUGAAUGACCAACAAUGUCUGCUCCCACCAUUUCAGCUGCCAAUUCUGGACUUGUCCAGACUGACCUUGAUGAACUAACUCAUUGGUGCGCCAGGUGGCAAAUGGUUGUUAACGCAGACAAAACUAAACAUGUCAAGUUUACUUCCGCUGCUAAUAGAAGUGCUAAUGCCUACACUGUUAUUAAUACUAUCAUAGAAACUGCAGCGUCGGUAACAUACCUCGGCGUAAAUCUUACCUCUAAUUUAUCCUGGAGCACUCAUAUAGAACUGAUUACUACCAAAGCCUUAAAAAAACUUGGUCUUCUUAAACAUCGACUACACCAAGCCAACCAGGAUACAAAACUUCACGCAUUCAACAUGCUAAUCAGGCCUGUGAUAGAAUACGCCUCAGUGAUCUGGAACCCUCAUUAUACCUAUCUGAUUAACAUGUUAGAAUCUAUACAAAACAAGGCUGCACGAUUCAUCCUUUCCCGUUACUCUCGGUAUCAAAGUGUAACAUCACUGAAAAUAUCGCUCCAUCUCCCGCCUCUGGUCAUGCGCAGAAAAUUCAGCCGAUUAUCCUUUUUCCACACUCUCUACCACAAUAACACACCAUUUGUAAGUUCACAUCUUCUCCCGGCGCCGCACACAUCGGCUCGUGUAGAUCAUAUGAAGAAGAUUAAACCCAUUUUCGCUCGAACAGAA